UUUUCUUUCCCCUUCAAGUUGAUGGAAACUCGUUCAGGAAAGAAGUGCUUAUUUGCUGAGGUAGAGCAAGAGCUGAGGAGGGCUUUGCCAGUUUCCAGCCUGGGAAAGGAGCAGCGAGGAACAUCAGUGAUCAACACUUGGAGAUACCCGAAAUCCUACUGGGUGUGACACCAGGCACACGUUUCUGCAUCCUGACAGCUGCCAUCAGGACUCACUGCUCAUCAUCUCAUUAAAGUGAAGACGAACCCAGCUAAAGAGAGAAGCUAAACUUGGGAAAACUUUAUCUGCUCCUCAUGGACCGAGGUACACCCUCAGCUUCUUUAUUUAUCCCUGCUUUGACUGUAGGAUCUGUGAGGAACUGACUUUGUCCCUAGAAGGCUGAGCACUUGGCAGGGAUGCUCUCAGCCUCUGCAGAAGAGCGGUGAUUGUAACAACCUUGGGUGGCAGUUCCCUGCCAGGACAGGAUGAGGACUUGUCACUGAGGUGUCCUUCGAGGGAGGAUGGAUGGGACCUCUUCAUGCAACGAACACAGAAAGUGAAAUCUUCUCCUGAAGAGGAGCAACCAAACAGCCCCCCCUAAUGAGUUUGUGUCAGCAGCCCCGACCUGAGCGACUGUUGCCCUGAGCAAUCUGACUUCUCUGGGUUUCAUAGCUAAAGAGAAGUCUGUGUCUAUUCCUCUUAUUGGUGGUGAAGGUUUUUGUGCUCGGAGAGUGCCCUUCCCGACUUGGCCACUCCCUUUGCAAAAUGAAGGGCUGCACCUGGGUGUUUGUGGCCACUUUGCUUUGCCACCAGUUCUGCCUCUUCAGAGUCAUGGCAGCAAAGAAAGAGAGAAAGGUGAAGAAAGAGCCCAGUCAGUACACAGAGCCUUUCAAUGCCACCCUAUCCAACAGCGAGGAGCUGCAUGGGCAUCCCAAGAUUCUCGAAUCUCCAGACCCUCGAAUCACAGACCCACGGCGGACCUGGAUCUCCUUUGUCCACCGCCCAGAUGAUGGCAACACCUCUAAAAGGAAAUGCAAAGGCAAAGACAAGAAAUUACGUGGUCUUGUUGGGCCUCCAGGGCCUCCUGGUCCCCAGGGUCCCCCAGGAGCACCUGGUGCUGAAGUCACCCGGGAAGUCCUGCUGCAGGAGUUUAAGGAGAUAUUAAAAGAAGCCAUUGAGCGUCGGGCAUCCUUAGCAAUUUCAGCACAUCCCAGCCAGCUGCCUCCACUCCUGCUCUCCUUGGAGGAAGUUUCACCCUACAGACGUGUCGAGGAGGCGUUCCACUGCAAGCUAAAAGGACAAGUUGUCGUGGAUAAAAAGACCCUGGUAGAACUUCAGAACUUCCAGUCGCCUUUGGCCAAAGGAGCUUUUCUCCGGGGGACGGGGUUGAACCUGGCAACGGGACGUUUCACAGCACCCGUGUCUGGCAUCUACCAGUUCUCAGCCAACGUCCACAUCGAUCACAGUGAGUUGAAGAGCAAAGUCCAGCUCCGGGCCAGAGAUAACGUCCGAGUGUUGAUCUGCAUUGAAUCUCUGUGCCACCGAUACACGUCUUUGGAAGUCAUUGCUGGUUUGGAAAGUAACAGCAAGAUCUUCACUGUCUACGUGCAUGGCUUGCUGCAGCUGCAGGCUGGCCAGUACACCUCCAUCUUUGUAGACAACAGUGCUGGAGCUCCCAUCACCAUUCAGAAUGGAUCUGAUUUCAUGGGCAUGUUAAUGGGCGCGUAGCAUCGUCUGCAGCACUGCAGCAGGGAAGAACAUGAAUCACAGCCUUACAACAUAUAUUUGACUGAAGAAACCUUUAUUUUGACUCUUGAAGACUGCUUCAUGUAACUGUUGGCGUCUUUUUAAACAAGCAAAGAGCCUUUCCUUUUGCAGAUACUUCAGCUUGCUUUCAGAGGCUACUGCUUCUCAAGGUCCACACCAGUUCAUUCACCUUAAAAAAAAAUAUAUAUAUACACUCUUGUAACUCAGAAACAGACUCUGUAAUAUUUAAUAUGUGCUUCACCAGAUGUGCACCAAACAGUACACUGAGAUUUGGCAUUUGUUGUAACUUUAUUUCACACGAUUACACUUGUAAUCAGCAUGUCUUUGGGACUGACUGCGGGGCGUUUAAGUUUGUAAAUGAAGGAUUGAGAGGGGAAGUCGAGUAGUGACUGCGUUCCACGUGUUGUGGAGGAAGGAGGCAAGAAUUUGUCAGCCAAACUGUUUUUCACACAGUUGUAAAUGGUGUAGGGCCCACUCUCAUGUUCAAACUUAGAUACGUUUGACAAGUAGCAUGUUGAAUUCUCAAGCAAUGCCUGUUUUCAAAGAUGGGAAUCCAAGGGUUGAACUGUUUAACGGUGGUUCCCUAAAUCUGUUUCUCUGCUCUUACUGAAGCCAAAUACCUCGCUGCCUGCACCGUUUUAUUUUUUAUUUAAGGCCAACGGCACCAGUUCUAGCAUGAACUCCCUCCGUUACGUUCUUAUGUUUUAGUAAGAUAUAUAUUUGGCUCUGGACUGCAUCACGUACACAGCAUCCUCUCAGGUGUCAUAUAUCCGUUUGUAGAUCUGUCUGAUGUGUUUUGCUGGUUGUGGGUGGUGUCAUUUCAUUGGGUUUUUCCCUUCAACAGACACUUGGCCUUUUAAUGAUGCAACUUAACUAAGGAAAUGGCUGUUCAGCAGUUUCAUAAAUAGAUGGCAGCGGGGCCCCAAGUGGAGUCCAGAUACUUUUCUUGAAAAUCCGCAGUGAAUGGAAGAUAUCCCUUGUUUGAUGUUUCAAUUUUUCCAUGAUCCGUUACAACACCUUCAUAAAAUGAGAACCAAGACUGCUGGGGACAGCAGAAGGCGU